AUGUCAAAGCUUCAAGUUCAACAACUGAAUCAAUUAAGGGAGAUCUUUGCUCGAUUUGACAUGGACUCAGAUGGUAGCCUAACCAUGUUAGAGCUAGCAGCACUUCUUCGGUCACUGGGACUAAAACCCUCAGGUGACCAAAUCCAAGUGCUAUUAGCCAACAUGGACUCAAAUGGCAAUGGCACUGUGGAGUUUGAUGAAUUGGUUAAGACCAUAUUGCCUGAAAUGAAUUCUCAGGUAUUGGUGAAUCAAGAACAGCUCCUAGGUGUCUUCAAGUGCUUUGAUCGUGAUGGUAAUGGUUAUAUAUCAGCAGCAGAGUUGGCUGGUGCAAUGGCUAAAAUGGGUCAACCCCUCACAUAUAAAGAGCUCACUGAGAUGAUCAAAGAGGCUGAUACAGAUGGUGAUGGUGUUAUUAGUUUCAAUGAGUUUGCCACCAUAAUGGCUCGCUCUGCCACUGAUUUCUUAGGCCUUGAUUUAUGA